CGGACGCGUUCAGUUCACAAUAUUGUUUUGUUGUGUGUGCUUGCGCUAGCAUUUGUUGGGCGUAUUGACGAAGAGAAUCAAUUUCGAAAUAAUACAAGUGGUUUUAAAUCUGGUUUCUUCUUAAAAAAAGUAUUCCGAAAAUAUCGCAUAUUUCAACAAGUGAUCAAUUUUUCUCAAUGAUUAUUUUGGUAUUUUCAAUAAAUUCAACAGAUUCACAGGUGUGACAGAAAAUCGAAUACAAAAAGCUAAUUUAUUUGGCUGUCAUAUUUUUUUGUGAAUAAAGAACUUGGUAUUUUACGUGCACAAACACAUGAUCACCGUCGAUUUUGUGACGUUUCUCGAUGGACGAAUGAGUGUUAUUGCUCAACCGCAUUCAUUUUUAAGAAAAACACCGUGUUUUUUAAAAGACACAGAUUCUUUUUUGUGAUUUUUUUAUGUGUGCAGCAGCAAAAGUGACAGCGUUCACGGAAAUGAGCUACAGUUGAAGUCGGUGAUAAUUAAAUGUACAUUACAAACAAAAACAUAUUGAUGAGUGAUGAAAACAAACGCAUAGUACCGUUGCUUGAAUUGUGUUGAAUCGAUGACUUAAUGAGUGAAAAUUGAGCAGCUUGCUUUUUUUUUAAAAAUAAAAUUAGACAUCAAGCAUUGACAUUUUAUUGCAUUUGUCUGACCAUCAAAAAUUUGAAAAAAUAUACACAAAAUCUAUAUGUAUGUAUUUAAUUGACAUAAAUUCCCAGGUAGUUGUGCGUUAAACAUAUUGUAUAUUGGUGAUUGUGCGUUUUUAUGUGACAUCGUCCCCAUAUCAACAAUAAAAAAGGUGUUUUUAUGCCAAACGAAUUUCGAUUACAAUCAACGAAAUUCACGCAGACACUGACAAAAAACAGAUAAUUGUACUUAUCAAAGAUUCACCUGUGUACACCUGUGAGACAAAACACAUACGCAGCAAAAAUUACAAAACUAAAAAGAAGUUAUCAGAUAUUCUUCGAAUAAAGUGAAUUCUAAUGAAAACAUCGUUGAGAGAGAAAAAAGACCAAAGUAAGCAACCACAUACAUACACACACACACAUCAAAGAAAAAGAAACUAAAAAGAAACUUGAAAAUACAAAAAACCGCACAUUUAUUGUGUAAAAUUGUGAAUUUCAUUUACGCGCCACGAUUGAAUGUGUAUAUGAAGAGGACAGAAAAUACGAACACAAUGGCAGUUAAAAAUAAACAACAAUCAGAAUUUCGUUAUCGUUUCACGAUAUUGAAUUUCAUUUUUAUCUCAUUCGUUAGCAGUAUAUUAAUAGAUAAUGUAAAUUGCCAAGAACCCCGACUUGAAAUCCUUCCACGACAAACGCCACAAUACAGACCGAUCGGGAAAUCGACGUUGAUGACAUGUCAAGCAAAAGUUGACAAUCCGGAUUUAAUCACUGAUUUGCGAUGGAGAGGACAAGACAACAUCAACAUAAUGCCAAAACAAUCGAAUUAUUAUAUACCAAAGUAUGAUUCCAAUGGAAGAUUGCGUAAUGAACCGACAUCUGGAUCUCCGACACCACCGAUGUACACAGAAAUGUUGCCCGGUGGGCAAUUAUUGGCUUUGAUCAUACCUUCAUUGACUGAGACCAUGGCAGGCAAAUACUAUUGCUCCGCAUCAUAUGCAAACACAGAAAUUCUCGAAACCAGCGUUGAUAUCGAAACUUAUGUCGCAAUCACAUGGAGAAAUGCACCAGAAUAUCAAUAUCCAGUCGCUGGCAAAGAUUAUGUCGUUCAAUGUGAAGUCACUGCUAAUCCAGCUCCGACCGUUGAUUGGUUGCGCAAUGGUGAUCCGAUUAAAAUUGGUGACCGGUAUGUAAUUCAAACAAAAGGUCUUUUGGUGCGUAAUGUACAAGAAUCAGACGAUGGCAUUUAUACGUGCCGUGCAGUUGUUGUUCAAACCGGUGAAUUCGUUGAACGUGAUAUUCGCGUUGAGGUCCAAGUAUUGCCAAAGGUACAACCAUUCGAAAUGGAAUUGGAGGGUAUUGAAGAUCAACCAUUUUCGCUGAAAUGUAAUGCCACUGGUAAACCAGUGCCAACUUAUUCAUGGAUCAAGGAUAGUGAACAAUUGAAUGUUGAAAGUGCCGACAGAUUUCAAGUUAACCCGUUGACGGGACAAUUGAAUAUAUUGAGAGUAACAAAGGAUGACUACGGAAAUUAUACUUGCCAUGCAAAAAAUUCAGCGGGUGAAGAUAAAGCUAAAGCGCUUAUCAAUGUAUUGAUUCGACCACGAAUUUAUGAAUUGUGGAAUAUUACACGUCCUGAAAAUGAAGAAGCUGAAAUUAUUUGCAAAGCCACUGGCCGACCACCACCAGAGAUUACUUUCCGUCGCUGGGGAUCAACCGAUGAAUUCAGUCCGGGCCAACAACAAUCACCUCUAGACUAUAUUUCUUUGGAACAACGUGGUGACGAUUACAAAGGCGAAUCGACUGGUGUUCUUCGUUUUGAUAAAUUGCGUCGAUCUGACGAUGGAUUGUAUGAGUGUAUUGCGCGUAAUAAAGGCGAUUCAGCAUAUAAAAAUGGCCAUAUUACCGUUGAAUAUGCACCAACAUUUGAACAUAUGUCAGCUUUACCACCAGUUUACACAUGGAACGAACAAAGAGCAAAUCUCAGUUGUUUGGCACAAGGUUUUCCAAAUGCAACAAUCGAAUGGAAAUGGAAUGAUCGCCCAAUAAAAGAGCUAAACGAUCCAAAUUUGCAAAUUGAAGGAAAUGGACCACGAAGUGAUUUAUUGGUUAUUCCACGUGAACGUCGUUACUAUACUGCAUACAAAUGUGUUGCCAGAAAUCGUCUUGGACAAGCUGAACAUUUAAUGGAAUUGCGUGAAGCUCGCAUCCCUGAUGUUAUUCCACAAGCCAAAUCGGUCGUUGUCACCGCCACAACAAUUACAUUCGAAAUUCUAUCGCCACCAUAUGACCCAGGUCUUCCAAUCACCGCAUUUGCCGCACAAUACAAAGACCGAAAUGAACCGGAUUGGACAAAUGCAUACAAUCGCUCUUGGUCACCAGAUAGUAAAUUCACGGUUGAAGGUCUUCGACCACAAACAUUCUAUGAUUUUCGUUUUGCUGCAUUGAAUAAAGUCGGUUUAGGACAAUGGGGUGCAUAUGUAGCACAGGCUACACCAGUUCGAUCGGCGCCCGAAUCACCAAAAAUAUUACACAAUCGAGUUCCAAACAGUGAUAACAAAGACGAAGAACCAUUAGUUGUUUCACCAUAUUCCGAUCAUUUUGAUUUAUCGUGGAGUACACCACCAGAUAAUGGUGAACCAAUUAAUUUCUAUCAAAUUCGUUACUGUCCAGUCCUUAAGGUUGACGGCGCUUUGAAUGAAAUCAAUCAAUUAUGCGAAACGAAAAAUGCUCCGCCCAGCGAGACGGUUGGCUUUAAAAUGACUGAAUUACGCGGUGACACAUACUAUCGCAUUCAAAUCCGUGCCCAUAACGCAAUCGGAUUUUCAAAGCCGGUCACAUUGCUCAUGAAAACGGCUGUAGGCCGUGACCUGGUAAUUCCUGCAUCGCCAGUUACAUCAGCCUCUCUGAUUGCCAUUGCUGUCGGUGGUGUUCUACUGUUUUUGCUUAUCGUCGAUUUUGUAUGCUGCCUUACGAUGCACAUUGGUGUGAUUGCAACGUUGUGUCGACGCAACAAGAGAGCCCCAUCUGAACUCGACGAAGAAACGAAAAUCGGCAGUCUUUACGGUUGGCGUUUCCCGCUACCUUAUUGCAGCGGACAGCUUGUGAAGGAGCCACCUCCAUCGCCUUUACCAUUGCCACCACCAUUGAAACUUGGCGGAUCACCAGUCACAACACCGGAUGAACACGAGCCACUUAACACAAUGGACUGUGAUUCGAUGAAGAAACCAUUGUCCGUUGAAUACGAUGGCCGAACCGUGCACUCUCGGAGCGGUGGUGAUUUCUUCGGCAAAAACUCAGCUGUGUGAAUAUAAAGGCAGAUUUCAAGCAACAAUCUCACUAAUGGAAUUAUAUACGUUAAUUUGCACGACUUUUGAUGGGAAAAAUCCUGAAAAAAUUUAAACAAAGAGACGAAGAAAAAUAAAUAUGUAUGAUAAACGCAAGGCAGCGACAGUGCAACAAACACAUAAACAUUCAUUCUUUUUGCUAAAUGUGAACAUUUCAAAAUGCACAGAAACAAACAAAAACAAACAUGUAAUAAAUGUAAACGUUAAUCUUAAGGAGUAGCUAUGAAUAACAAUAAUUAAAAAAAAAAAACAAAACAAAAUCGAUGUCAACACAUUUACCAAA